UCACAGCUCGAAUUACAGAAUUAAUGCAGGUUCUGAAGGACUUGAACAGUGGCAAAUAUCAGCGUACUAUGGUAUCGCAAGAAAAAGAUGCAGAUAAAAAGCAAGCCUUGCCUUUGAUACCUGGAUCUGGAGAAAUUAUCAACACUGACAACCUUAUCAAGUUUGAUCAUGUUCCAUUGGUGACACCUAAUGGAGAUGUUUUGAUUCAAGACCUUAACUUUGAGGUUCGAUCUGGUGCAAACGUUCUUAUUUGUGGGCCGAAUGGGUGUGGGAAGAGCUCACUUUUUCGUGUCCUUGGUGAGUUGUGGCCUUUGUUUGGUGGGCGUUUAACAAAACCUGUAAGAGGAAAGUUGUUUUAUGUUCCCCAGAGACCAUAUAUGACUCUCGGAACACUCAGAGAUCAAGUUAUAUAUCCAGAUACUUUAGAAGAUCAGAGAAAGAAAGGGAUUUCUGACCAGGUGCUGAAGGAGUACUUAGAUAAUGUCCAGCUGGGUCAAAUCUUGGAACGUGAAGGAGGCUGGGAUAGUGUUCAGGACUGGAUGGAUGUACUCAGCGGGGGAGAAAAGCAGAGAAUGGCAAUGGCAAGGUUAUUCUACCAUAAACCCCAGUUUGCAAUUCUGGAUGAGUGCACCAGUGCUGUUAGCGUUGAUGUAGAAGGGUACAUUUACAGCCACUGCCGAAAGGUUGGCAUCACUCUCUUCACUGUCUCCCACAGAAAGUCACUCUGGAAACAUCACGAUUUUUACUUACAUAUGGAUGGCAGAGGAAACUACGAGUUCAAGAAAAUAACUGAAGACACAGUUGAAUUUGGAUCUUAGUCAUGGACUGAACUGCUACAGAGUCUGAUGAUAAGAGGAAGUGUGUAGAAUAGAAGACAUUGUACAAAAAAACUACUCAGCUUGUUUUUUAAACAAAUUAACUAGGAUAACCUAAAACAAGCUGUUAAGCGUUUACUAUUGUGUAGGAUACUGCUAAUUGUGUAUAUGUUGGUUUAAUUAUUGAUAAGUACUAAGAAUGUCCUUAUUCUUGUGGUUUAAAAACCUGCCUAAAUUAAAUUGGGCUUAAAUCAGUGUAACUUGAUUCAUCCUGGGAUGCGAACCAUUUGAAAUCAGCUGAUUUGACUUUUGUAGACCUUCUUUCCCUUCAGUGAAAAGCCCUGUUAAAAUUAGGGUUGCUACCUCUCUUGUUCCUGUAAAGCAGUCUUGGAUCUUUGCUCUGUUCUAUGCAUAUUGCUGAGUUAUCUCACACGGUGCAGGACUAUCUCCCAUCUUCAGAUCUGUGCCCUGUUAAAUGAAAGAGCCUUUUCCUUGACCAAGCGUUGUGUUGUAGCCAAUACGCCCUUGCUGAUAAAGGAUGGACUGAACCUAAAAGACAAAACUAAUUCCUUCUGCUAAAAAAAAUAAGCUUGUUCUUUGCUAGGUCUUGGAUUCUCUUUAUUGUCUGUCUGUCCAUGCAAUUUGCUGCUGCUCAGCAAUCUCAUUCUUUCCCAGUGUAGCAAGAGUUUCAUCCAUCCCCCACCCUAGCUGCCCUUUUUCUGUCAGAGAAAUACUAUGGUAAUGGGGAGUUGAGGGAAGGUUGAGGGAGGAAAGAACUGACCAAAGGGGGAAAAAAACCCCAACAACUGGUGAUGUUCCUUGUAU